GUGUCAGCUUGGAAGAAGAAAAUGAAAUACGAACAACCGCGCUGGUCGUAAUAGAUCGACUUGAAUGCGUCUUCUUGCUCCAGCAUUCAAGUUCCAUUUCAAGGGAGGACGAUGUACCAUGAUACUUUCAGUUUUGUCGAGCCCUGCUUUGGUCUCUGGUUUGAUGGUUGUACGUGCUAAAAAUCCGGUACAUUCCGUUUUGUUUCCCAUCCUAGUCUUUUGCGACACAGCUGGUUUACUUAUUUUGUUAGGUCUCGACUUAUCCGCUAUGAUCUCCCCAGUAGUUCAUAUAGGAGCUAUUGCCGUUUCAUUCCGAGUGGCAUGCAUAUCCUAGUGAUGAUGAGGCUUGAUUUGACAAUUCAGUUUUGAGUCGGCCCAAAACUGGGUUGAGUGAGUUGAAAGGGGUCAGAUGAAAAAUUUAGUAGGUUGAUGUUGUAUUCUAAUUGAAGGUUAUGUUUUGGACAGAGGUAGUUCAAGAUUGAUGUGGACUUGUUCCUCUAUAACUUCCUUCUCUAUGAGGCUUGACCUCCAAUUUUAUGUGCAAAACAGUGGAAUUUACACUGUUGGUGAUUUUAUGACUAAAAGGGAAGAACUCCAUGUUGUGAAGUCAACAACUUCAGUCGAUGAAGCCCUUGAGAUGCUGGUGGAGCAUAGGAUAACUGGCUUUCCUGUUAUUGAUGACGAGUGGAAUUUGGUUGGCGUUGUGUCAGAUUAUGAUCUCUUAGCACUCGAUUCAAUAUCAGGAAAUGGACUUGCGGAAGUAGACAUAUUUCCUGAGGUGGAUAGUACUUGGAAGACGUUCAAUGAGAUACAGAAGCUCUUGAGCAAAACCAAUGGGAAAGUCAUUGGUGAUGUUAUGACGUCUGCACCUCUUGUGGUGCGUGAAACUACUAACCUUGAAGAUGCUGCAAGGUUACUCCUUGAAACUAAGUACCGCAGGUUACCUGUAGUUGACAGUUCAGGCAAAUUGGUUGGGAUCAUAACAAGAGGGAACGUCGUCAGGGCUGCCCUUAAAAUUAAGAAAAAGUUUGAAGGUGAACUUUGAAUGGAUACUGUGGAUUGACCCUUUGGAGACAUUUAGGGGCUUCUACAUCGGGGAGAUGAACAUACGGCUAGGCAAUUGAAUUCAAGCCAUUGUUUCAGUGGCAAGCGAACUUCGCCACCAUGUUUAUACCAGGCGUAAGUUCAAUAACUGCCAAGUGUAAAGUGAUGGUUAAAGGACUCGUAGCAGUUGAAAGGGAAGCUCUAAUUUUCUACUAUACUAGUGCCAUGCUAUAUCAGCUCAUGGGUUGUAACGGUAUCUAGAGACAGAUGAAUGGUUUUAUGGUAUUUAGUUUUUUUUAGAGUAAAUUUCAUAAAACUAUGGGUAUUUUGUAUAAUUUAUCACAAACAUACGGGCCAAUUUGAUUUAAAGGAAUGCCAAAGGACUUUUGGAGGAAUAGGAUUCCAAAGGAUUUUUUC